UCAACCGCCGUGAGAUUCGUAAACAAAGAUGGCGGAGGAAGCGUCUUAGCGAUUUAGGCGGCGUUUGAAUAAUGUCUUUGUGUGAUUGGAAAGAGACAGAACAAGUAUCUUGUUUGUUCUGAAGAGGCUGGAAGUACCAUGAAGCUCCUAAAACCGCCUUGGAUCAACCAUGAUGGUGACAAGGCAAUCUUCAGUGUUGACCUACAUCCUGAUGGUUCAAGAUUUGCGACAGGUGGACAAGGACAGGAUUCCUCUGGAAGGGUUGUGGUGUGGAACCUGAAACCAGUUGCUUUAGAGAAAUAUGAGGAAGAUGAGAAGGUACCGAAGUUGUUGUGUAUGCUAGACCAGCACUUGGGGUGUGUGAAUUGUGUGAGGUGGUCUCAGAGUGGACGUUUCUUAGCUUCUGCUGGAGACGAUAAAGUUAUUAUCAUCUGGCAGCAGAGCAGUUAUGGAGGUGGAGCUGUAUUUGGUUCAAAUGUUGUGAAUGUUGAAUCUUGGCGAAGUGUCACAACACUAAGAGGCCACAAUGGGGAUAUCCUCGAUGUAGCUUGGUCUCCAGGGGAUGUUUGGCUAGCAUCUGCUUCUGUAGACAAUAAUGUUAUUGUAUGGAAUACUGCAAAAUGGCCAGAACAAGUGCAGAUUCUUCGUGGACAUACAGGAUUGGUGAAAGGUGUUACUUGGGAUCCUGUUGGUCGUUACUUAGCCUCCCAGGCAGAUGACAAAAGUCUAAGGAUUUGGCGAACAACUGACUGGACCACAGAAGAAAAAAUAAUUGACCCUUUCAGUGAGUGUGGUGGCACAACAACAGUCCUUCGGCCAAGCUGGUCACCUGAUGGUCAGUAUCUGGUCUCUGCACAUGCAAUGAACAAUGGAGGUCCUACUGCACAGAUUGUAGAAAGAGAUGGAUGGAACACUGACAAGGAUUUUGUUGGCCAUCGUAAACCUAUCACGUGUGUGAGGUUUAAUCCUAAUAUCCUGGAGAAAGCUGAUCCAAAGACAGGGAAGUCUGUGCAGUACUGUUGUGUGGCAAUUGGCUCCAGGGAUCGCUCAAUCUCUAUUUGGUUUACAUCGCUGAAGAGACCUUUGGUGGUGAUUCAUGAUAUAUUUGAUGACUCUGUUCUAGAUCUUUCAUGGAGCAGUUGUGGCAAGUAUCUCAUGGCAGUGUCAAAAGAUGGUUCUUUGGCCUUCAUAAACUUUUCCCCAGAUGAGAUUGGCCGUCCACUUUGUGAAGAUGAAACUAACAGUGUGUUGAAAUAUGUCUUUAUCUUCACCAGUGAACAGAGUCGAAGACCAGCACCCCCCACCCCACAACGAGCACCAAUCAACAAACAGAUUGAGACGAGGACAGCAGAUGGGAAAAGAAGAAUCACACCAAUGUUUAUUCCUCCAGCAGAAGGUUGCAGGACUGAAAAUCCAAAUAAAUCAUAUGAGGCCAGCUUCUCGUCCAGUCAACAAGAGAAGAGCAAGAUAGUAGUUGAGAAAGUGGAUGGGGUGGUGGAGCCCAACGUCACCAGUCGACCCCCUCUGGCAUUCAAUUCAAACACAAACACAUCCCCAAGCAAGGGAGCAUCAGCUCCUCUCCCUGCUGAAUUCAAUGGGGUUCCUGCAGGUCUGCCUGCAAGAUUUGAAAAAUCAACUAAUGGUUCAGAAAAACAAAUGGAUGGACAGAUUACAACAAUCUCAAGUAAGCGCAAGCAUGAAGAUGCCCAGCCUAUUAUGGUCAAGCGCAAACGUGGCAGACCACCCUUAUAUGAAAGAGCUGCAGCCCCACCACCGAACCGUGUUCCCACUCCACCUCCUGCACAGCCAGUGGUAUCUUCAAGACCACAGGCUGUUUCACACACACAGGGAGAGCCUUUAAAUGUUCUACCUGAAGCAUCACUCUCUAAGUCUGCCAGAGUUCAGAUUCCCGGAGAGAAUUCAACAGAUGGUCCCCCUCCACUUCUGAUUGUAGAAAACGAUUAUCGAAUUGGGAAUCGUGUUGGUAUGGGUGGUGGUACACCAAGUCUACACAGAGUCAGCAGAACACAGCUAAAUGUUGUGAGUUGGGUGGCUUACCUUACAUCUCAAGUCACUGCAGUUGUAGCUACCACAGAUGCUGCUGCACUAACCUGUCAUGACAAAUCACUCCACAUAUUUGAUAUAAAGACAGGGGAAAUGAUGUUACCCCCAGUACAGCUUCAAGGAAAGGCAUCACAGCUUUUCGUCCAUGAGAACUGCUUGAUGGUUAUAACAACAGAAGCCACUCUCACAAUCUGGGACAUCAGUAAGAAGAAGCGAAUUCUCUCAGAGACCAUUCGACAUUUAGUUGAAGGGCGUAACGGCGGAGUGAAGGCUGUCCAGCUCACUGCUGAAGGUACACCAGUUGUACUGCUUGCAUCAGGAGAAGCCUUCACCAGAUGCCAUGACCUGGAGGCUUGGCUUUUGUUAGGUGAUUCUGCCAGUGUACGGCGAGUCCUGCAGCCAGAAUACACAAUGCUGCCUCCCUGUCAUCAAAGUGAAUAUAAAGCAAGACCUCUUGCUAGUCUCUUGCACCAGACUGCUGCCUAUUCUGGCUCUUCAAGAGUGACAAGACCUCUGAUCCCAGAUGAUGCCAAGCAGAACUUGACUGAGGUCUUCAUCAACCGCAUGCUGACAUCUGCCCAGUAUCUCAGAGCAGCCCAGGAUUACAAAUUUUGGUUGAAACGUAAAAUUCAAUUCUUCAUAAAAGAGGGGCUUGAAAAGAAAUUGCGAGAUGUAUUUGAUGACCUUCUGGGACCGAGACAUAGUGGAUCUAUGGACAAUCAAGAUCAAAAUGGAUGGAUGCCCAAGAUCAUGGACUUUGAUAAAAAGAGUCUGCUUGAAGAGUUCCUUCGAGAGAUUCUGCUUGCUGAGAACUCCUUGCAGCUACAGAGGCUCUAUUCUGAGUAUAAGGAACAGCUGGAAGGCAACCUUAUAGACACUAUUUAAUGUAGCAUACUUGGGCAUACAAUUUUGAUAUAAUACUGAUAUUUCGAGAAGUACUGUAAUCUUUAUCUCGUGACCAAUAUCUUGAAUUUAGAUGCUGUUAGUGCUUAUAUGUCUUUAGUUGAAUUUUAGCCAUGGAUUUUGUCGUCAUGAGUUGUAGAAAGAAAUGAAGGCUGACUUCUUAUGAGGCACCCCAAUAUCUUGACAAAUUUGGAAAUUGAUUUUUGUGGAUAAUUGCUAACCCAAAAUCAUUACAUAAACUUGAGGUAAUCAGAUAAAUAACUCUAUGAAGUCAAUCUUAUUAAUUCUACUCCUUUUUAAAAACAGUCCCUGCCUUUUGUAUAAAUAUUGUAUUUUAGGGUUUUGUGCAUAGUGUUCACAUGUGAUGACGAUAGUAAUAAGACUGGCGAUUAGAAAGCAGCCAUUGCUAUAUGAUAAUAUACAUAUUUAAAACUGGUGAAUAGCAUGAACUAGCAAUAAGCCAGCUUAGUUCAUGUAUUGCUCUAUUAUGCAUAUGUUUAACUAUAAAUUGAUGUUAUUCAAGACAAAGAUCACUGCCAGUGACAUCUCUUGCCUUAAACAAGUUUGUAAACUCGAUAAUACUGGCUUUCUUACAUUGAGCCAGAUAUUAUGAGGUUGGCUCUGACUACUCAACUGCCAGAAGAACUGUUUCCACUCACUGCCAGAUCAUAUAUAUAUAUAAGAGACCCGGUGUCUGCUACAUGGUAGAGCAUUAGGUUAUCAAAUAACUGACCUCGUACCUGUAGCUCCUUACCCUCCCUGAUGCACUGCCAGUCGUAAAAAUGAACUUAAAUUAGAAAGUUGGUACAUAGGAAGUGUGGGUAUGAAUGUUUACAAUGAUGUAAGUUUACCUGUAUAAUCAUGCAAUUAAGUGUGAAAUUCAUGAAAGUUAGCAAGCAUAAAUGCUAGUGAAUGCUGUACAUAAGUAUUCAUUAUAUUAAUGACAAUCUUUUUGUGCAGCAAAAAAAAAAAAAAAAAAAAAAAGUCAAGCGCUGUAUGAGGUUACCAUUUUAGUAAUUAAUGCAUCAGUCAUCCAUCAGUUCAUUUCACUUUCAUUUAUUUUUGCAAAUUACAAUCGAAACCAUUCCUGUUUUCAGCAUCCUGAUGUCUUUCAUACAUAAAAAUGAAUGGAGUGAUUUUUAUCCUCUUCCUUCCUUUAUUUAUUACUUUUUUAUUAGUUACUUUAUUUUUUGAUACUUCUUAAAAGGAGAGGAGAUUAUAAUAUUAAGUUUUAAACUAUACUGAACACUGCCAGCAUUAUAUGAGACAUUUGUGAUCUUUGUAUUUUCUGUAAUGCAACAUAUACAAGGCUUAGUCCUGCACAAUUACUGCCAAUGAUAAUUAAGACUGAAGGAUAGUAAAUGAACAAUUUCAAAACAACGUAUAUUACAUAUUUACAAUAUCAA